UCACUCUGCUUGUGGGUUUGGCUUCAGUCCAUCUACAUUGUGUAUGAGUGCAAUUCCGUCGUGCGCGUCAGAGACGCUUGAGCUGCAUUUCAUCUGAACCUCGGCACUUUUCCACCACGGGCAAAACCAUCAGUUUUAGCAAACGUGUAGUUGUUUAUUCUAGUUCAAUCUAUAGAUGUAAGUCUAUUGUAACAGCACCGCUCGUUAUGUAUCCUGGUGUGAAGAGCGCAUCGUUGGACACGGCGAGGUGAACGCACUAACUGGACAUUGAUGUCAAACCUAAGGGCAAAUCUUGGUCUUUCUCCACAGCAUAACAUGGCCAUGUGACAAAUGGAUUCCUUAAGUUUAAUCAAUGGCUCCGCUGGGAGCAAAGACCCGGCCAUCGGUGAGGAUUCAUCUGAUGUGACCCUGAACCAUCCUCUGCUAGAGCUUGGAGACAGCACCAAGCUUCUCGGUGUCCAGGUGGUUCUGAUAUUGGCGUACUGUACCAUCAUUCUUUUGGGCGUGGUUGGGAACUCUCUGGUGAUUUAUGUGAUCUACAAAUUUAAGACACUUCGCACCGUCACCAACUUCUUCAUUGCAAACCUGGCCGUGGCCGAUCUGCUCGUCAACACUUUGUGCCUGCCAUUUACUCUGGCUUAUACUCUACUGGGAGAAUGGAAGUUUGGACAAGUGCUUUGUUUCACUCUUCCGUAUGCUCAAGGUCUCGCUGUCCACGUUUCCACGAUUACUUUAAACGUAAUUGCACUGGAUCGACACAAAUGCAUUAUUCAUCACCUAGAUACCCGAAUGUCGAAGGACACGUGCUUUCUGGUCAUUGCCUUCACCUGGGUGAUAAGUGCUGUUCUGGCAAGCCCCCUGGCUAUCUUUAGGGAGUACGGGAUUGUGGAGCUCUCUCCAGAUGAGUCCAUCGAAGUUUGCACAGAGAAGUGGCCUGGAAGUAGCACAGAUGGCACACUAUACUCAAUCUCUAUGCUGUUGCUGCAAUAUGUAUUGCCUCUAGCCGUCAUCUGUUUCGCGUACAUCCGUAUCUGGAGUAAACUCCGCAACCACGUCGGCCCAGCUGGCCGCAAUGACAGGCACCAGCACCGUCGCAAGACCACCAAGAUGUUGGUGAUGAUGGUUGUGGUGUUUGCAUUUAGCUGGCUGCCUUUCCACGCCUUCCAACUCGCCACCGACAUCGAUAGUAACGUCCUGAUCAUGAAGGACUUCCGCCUACUCUACACCGUUUUCCACAUCGUGGCCAUGUGCUCGACGUUCGCCAACCCGCUUCUUUACGGCUGGAUGAACCGAAACUACCGCAGCGCCUUCGUUGCCGUCUUCCGUUGCCAGAAGCGGCUGGAUUCCCUGCACGCCGAGGCCCAGGGUGGCACGGUAGUUCGCAAAAAAAGCGAAAAGGCCUUGGAAGCCCAAGAUAUGGUGACGCCGCGUCUCAAUGCAACGGACGUCUGAGGGAAAUUCCCACGUGCAAGAUCCAUCUUCUUAUCGUCAGUCUCAUCACAGUUUGUAAGCAAGAUCCAUGCGGUGGUUGGAUGGGAUAUGUUUAUACAUAAGAGAUAUAUGUAUAUAAAUAUCUUCAACCUUAGAAGAGAUCUGUAAGCAUUAACUCAUGUGGACGUACGGUUUACGGUUAGGUCAUGCACUCGAAUGGCUCUGAUAAAGUGUUAACAGCAACCUGCCUCUCCUUUCAGGUGAAAGUAAUUUGGAAGGGGAAUAGCAAGGCUUACCUUUGGACUAACAACAGCGGAGGAGAUAUGAAUUCAGUUUCAACACGAAGAGCUCUGUGAAACCACGAGGGACUUUCAUAUGAAACCAAUAUGAAUGUGUUUCAUAUUUAAUGUAAAGUAUAGCACAAAAAUCCCCUUUGAUUCUGCACUCGACACACACAGAGGGAAAGGACAAGGGCUCACUUUUUUCCCAACGUAACCCUAUUAACAUGAGUGCAUGAGCAACAUAGAUGUAACUUUAAGUACUGUGAUGGGAAAUGUGACUACUGUACUGUACGAUGUUUAUUUUGUGAAGCUAUAAUCUUUGCAAACCUUUCCAGCUGAAUGUAGUAAAUACUCUUGUAGAUAAAACAUUAUCAGCUAUAAAUAUUGCAUAGAGCUCAAAUGAUCUGCAGUGUACAGAGCGCUUGGAUGAUGUUAUAUCAACGUGAAAAACGUCCCCUUAUUUUCGUACGUGACCUGAAGGAAAAUCACUCAAAGUUGCUUUAAGGCAAAAAGAGAUGACUCAUAGAAGUUAUGGGUUUUCUGGUGUAUUUCUGUUUGAAGACGUACUGUAUGUCUGUUCAUUUCGGCACUAAAUGACUUCCUUUAACCCACUGAAUGCAGGAAAUGAGAAUGCCAAGUUUAAUUAGCAAUGAGGGAUUCUGUGUGGAUCCCAGUUCAGUCUGGUAUGUAAAUUGAGAAUUAUUCAUAAGAUGUAAAACUGUUGUAGAAGAUUAUUAAGCUAUAAUUGUGUCGUUUGUAAGCUACACUGUUGACCAUAUCCAUGCUUUACUGGAGAAAAUGAAUUUUAAUCUCCCUAAAUUGUAACCCUGCCUGUGAAAACCCAGCUGAAGUAAUUUUUGUGAUUAUUAUUUUCUACAUAAAAACAUCUUACAUGAAGAACAUUCUGUGAAAAUAUAACUCUGUCGUAUACACUCACCUAAAGGAUUAUUAGGAACACCAUACUAAUAAUCGCCUUCAGAGCUGCCUUAAUUCUACGUGGCAUUGAUUCAACAAGGUGCUGAAAGCAUUCUUUAGAAAUGCUGCCCCAUAUUAAUAGGAUAGCAUCUUGCAGUUGAUGGAGAUUUGUGGGAUGCACAUCCAGGGCACGAAGCUCCCAUUCCACCACAUCCCAAAGAUGCUCUAUUGGGUUGAGAUCUGGUGACUGUGGGGGCCAUUUUAGUACAGUGAACUCAUUGUCAUGUUCAAGAAACCAAUUUAAAAUGAUUUGAGCUUUGUGACAUGGUGCAUUAUCCUGCUGGAAGUAGCCAUCAGAGGAUGGGUACAUGGUGGUCAUAAAGGGAUGGACAUGGUCAGAAACAAUGCUCAGGUAGGCCGUGGCAUUUAAACGAUGUCCAAUUGGCACUAAGGGGCCUAAAGUGUGCCAAGAAAACAUCCCCACAGCCUGCACAGUGGUAACAAGGCAUGAUGGAUCCAUGUUCUCAGUCUGUUUACGCCAAUUUCUGACAGAAAUCGAGACUCAUCAGACCAGGCAACAUUUUUCCAGUCUUCAACUGUCCGAUUUUGUUGAGCUUGUGCAAAUUGUAGCCUCGUUUUCCUAUUUGUAGUGGAGAUGAGUGUUACCCGGUGAGAUCUUCUGCUGUUGUAGCCCAUCCGCCUCAAGGUUGUGCGUGUUUUGGCUUCACAAAUGCUUUGCUGCAUACCUCGGUUGAAACGAGUGGAAAUUUCAGUCAAAGUUGCUCUUUUAUCAGCUUGAAUCAGUCGGCCCAUUCUCCUCUGACUUCUAGCAUCAACAAGGAAUUUUCGCCCACAGGACUGCCGCAUACCAUUCUUUGUAAACCCUAGAAAUGGUUGUGCUUGAAAAUGCAAGUAACUGAGCACAUUGUGAAAUACUCAGACCGGCCCAUCUGGCACCAACAACGCCACGCUCAAAAUUGCUUAAAUCACCUUUCUUUCACAUUCUGACUUUCAGUUUGGAUUUCAGGAGAUUGUCUUGACCAGGACCACACCCCUAAAUGCAUCGAAAGAACUGCCAUGUGAUUGGUUGAUUAGAUAAUUGCAUUAAUGAGAAAUUGAACAGGUGUUCCUAAUAAUCCUUUAGGUGAGUGUAUAAUAUUGACAGAGUAUUGGUCAUGUCAGAGAUUGAAAUGUAAGAGAAAUCCGUAGCUGCGUUUCCAUUAAAGGUUUACACAAAACUUUAACGUUAUUUUAUUUAAAAAACUAUUGCGAAAUUAUGGAAUUUCCAUUAACCAGUGGCAGCCUGUGCCUUCUCUUCUGGGGAGGCAAAAAAAAAAUUUGUUCAGGGUGUCAUGGAAACCUAUGUGCAUUGCGUGUCAUGUCAAAAUACGUGCCUGCUGCAUCUUGAUAUAUGGCAUUUUACAUAAAAUUACAUUUUUACCGUUUUUACAUUGGCCACAUUUGAAUUUCUAUUUCAAUUUACGCAAAUUGUAAGGUACUGGAUACGCAGCUAGUGAUUGAAAUAAAAUUUUGAUGCACCUAUCUCAUAAUGAUACAGCAUUAUGAGACUAUAACGUGAGUUUCUCAGGCAGGAUCACAACUUGUAAAGGAGCACAAUUGUGUUGACAUGCACUUUUGGAGAUUUCAGGGUAGUAGCUACCCAGCACAAUACUUUUUGUAGAAAGCCUGUCUAAAUUAUUGUUGUAGUUAACAAACCUCAGAUAAAGUUGAACUUGUUUUCAGCCCAAAAAAUGCUUUUAAUUGCAAAUGAGAGAUGGGAGUCAAAAAGUCAAAUCGCACAGCUUAUGAAAGUCUCCUUCAACUCGUGCCUAAUUAUUUGGAGUUCACAAUGCGAAAUGAACAAAAUCGCAGAUGUAGUUUUUCGCCAGGAAUCUUCUUUAAAACAUGAACGUUUUUAAUCAUUUGUUUAUGUGUGAGAGUGUUACACAAACAGCUGCUGGUGUUGUUUUGCCCGUCUUAUUCAGUUCUGUUGAGCUUGAAAACAUUUUAAUUGGCAAAGGGUUCAAAUGCCCUGAAAUCUAUUUACGCAGUACUACUUAUGAACAUACAGUAUUUGUGUAUCUGUUUUGUGAAAUGUUAAACUUGUAAACAAGUGUAUGUAUUAACAGAUCCAUUAAUGUUUUAAAAGAGAGGGACACCUGCAAAUACAUUAUAUGUCGAAAUAUGAAUACUGUAUAGUUGAUUCUGACCAAAUUGUACUGUGAUACAGAAGGACUAUUUAUUUAAUAAAUUGGUACACUCUCAGAAAGAAAGCUAGGUAGAUAAGUUGCCACUGGGGCGGUACCUUUUAUAAAAUAGUACACUUUUUUGUACCAAAAAGGUGCAUAGUGGUACAAACAUAAUCGCAAAUUAUCCAUACUAGGACCUUUUUAAAAGGUACCGUUCAUGGUGACAAACUUUUGUACUUUUAUUCUGAGAGUGUACUGAGGACGACAAAGAAAAUGGUUUAACAGUGUUUUAUAAAUAAAGUUUGAAAUUCGGUCAUAAUAAGACUGAAGUCAGGUGGUUAACUAAUACUGGUAUUGAUUGGUAUUCCC